CUGAGUCGUACCAUUCUCGUGGAGAUAACUAUCGCCAAUGCUUGGACGCCCUCGCACCCUUGUCUCCGAUACCGCAUAUAACGUUACAAUUCCGGGCCAGUCCUCGGAAAAGAGUAAAGGAAUGCCGAACGCGUAGGCACAAGCCAACUCGGUAUCAACUUUCACUAGAUUCAAACCCAAAUGCUCAAUUUAAAGGCUCCGGACUAUUCCCUGGUGUUUUUUGUGCACAUGUUGCUACCUCUUCUUCUAUGUCCGGCAAUAUGAACGGAACCAACGGCGCGAAUGCUAGUGCAUUAAGUGGCGAUCUGUAUCGGGCUGCAGGGCAGUUACUCUUUGUGGGCUGGAAUGGCUCAGAAGUAACGCCACAUAUGCGGCGAUUGAUCGAAGAGUACCACGUGGGCGCUAUUGUUCUGACCGCUGGCAAUUUGAUAUCCGCUCAGCAUACAAUCAAUUUGAUACAUGAACUGCAAGUUAUUGCCUAUCAUGCAAAGCAUUCAGAGCCACUUCUUAUUGCUAUAGACCAAGAGGGCGGAAGUGCCAAUAGCCUGGUCGAUGACGAGUUAAUAUGCCGCUUUCCUAGUGCAAUGGGCAUUGCUGCGACUGGCAGUCUUGACCUGGCUCACCAAACCAGCAAAGCAACUGCGGAAUGCGCUAGGGCCUGUGGUAUUAAUCUGAUAGUUGGACCAGUGUUGGACACGUUGUUGGAUACUGAGCCACAGACUCUAGGGGUACGUUCUGUAGGAGACGAUUACCAAGAAGUUUCAAAUUUCGCAAUAGCAGCCAUGAAUGGUAUUAACGACGCAGGGCUUGCCGCUUGUGGGAAACACUUUCCUACAUGCGGUACCUUGGAUGUUUUCGGAUCGAGAAGCGAUGUACCUGUCAUCACAAAGUCGCUUGAUGAGUUAAAAUCAGCUGCUCUAGUGCCCUUUCGCAAUGCUAUAGCAACUGGGAGGCUCGAGAGUGUGCUGGUGAGUGGCUGCGGUAUCUCCAGCUCUUCUAUGGAUAUUCCACACGCCUUUUUAUCAAGACGAGUUGUUGAUGGCUUUUUGCGGCACGAGUUGGGCUUCGAUGGAGUUGUUAUAUCUGAAUGCCUGGAAACGAGACCCCUGAUCGAGGAUGUAGGGGUUCGGAACGGCAUUGUUAUGGCAUUGAGAGCAGGUUGUGAUCUGGUUAUGCUAUGUCAAUCUCCUGAUGCUCAAUUAGAGGCCAUUCAAGGCCUCGCCCUCGGCAUCAGCAAUGGGGUUAUAACCAUGUCAAGACUCAACGAGUCAAUGUCUCGGAUAAGGCGCAUGAAAUCGAAAUGCACCUCAUGGCAAGCUGCACUUAAUCCUCCAGGAAUAUCCGCCCUCAUUGCACGGAAACCAGAGUACUCGGCACUCUCAACGUACGCAUACGAACAGUCUAUUUCUAUCUUCCGGGACCGGGACGCGCUGAUACCCAUCUCCAAAUCGAUGCAGCCAGGCGAAGAGCUCUUACUCCUGACGCCACUUCUCAUGCCUCAGUCGGCAUUGACGGUAUCCCAGGCCAAGGCACCAUCCAAUAAAUACACCAAAACUAGGGAUCAGAAUGGCGCAUGUGGUGGAGUAGCUAACCAAAUAAUAGAAAUGGCGAAUGAAGACGUUUUCGGGGAACUAGGCCGUUCGUUGGCACGCAUGAGGAGUGCCAAACUUUUGCAUACCAGCUAUACCGCGAAUGGUGUCCAGCCAGUUCACGAGAAGCUCAUUGAUAGAGCCUCGACAAUUAUCGUCGUCACAGCGAACGCAAGCCAGAACCUCUAUCAGACAACUUUCGCCAAGGACAUUCAAGAGAUGUGCCAGAUGCUGAGUGUGCAAGGGCAUAGAAAGUCGAUCAUCGUUGUCGCAGUAUCAUCUCCCUAUGACUUUCCCUUUGACACGUCGAUUGGGACUUAUGUUUGUACCUUUGACUUCACAGGAAAUGCCAUGCGAGCCCUGGCGCGUGUCCUUUGCGGCGCUUGUGUCUCGCAUGGCUCUUUACCAGGCAGUCUGCGUAAGAGAGGAGGGGAGACCUAAGCCACAUCGAAGACAGAUGAUUAAUGAGUUCUGUUGCUGUUAACACGGUCCUUACAUAAUAGGUCUUGUGCAAACCUUUUCUCCGCCUAGCCAUAUAGCAUUAAGCAUUUAAGUUGAUAAAGUUAACUGCCUUUGAUCUUCC